CAAGUCUCUUCCCAGAUUGCCCCCGCCAUCGCCGACGAUGAGACGAGCUUCGUCUUUGAUAUCCAAUCUCGUCGGCAAAUCCAAAACUUUUUCCCGGAAUGCCCCCAAAACUUUCCCUGAUCGCCAGUUGUUCCCGAGAUGCCCCUCCCGGCAUCUCCAAACCUUUUCCGAUAACACCCUUCCUUCUUCUCCAGCGCCGGUUCCGGCUCCGGCUCAUACUCCUUCCCGGCAGCGUAAACUCAGAGAACUCUCCGAGCUCGAGGAAAAGUUUGAGGCGGCCACCAGCACUGAUGAGAUACUUAUUGCGUUUGAGGCGUUGGAGCCUUUGCUCGCCCCCGAUGAUCACAAGCUUGGCCUCGCUUGCCUCAAGGUUGGUCAGCACCUUGAAUCCAUCUCCUUUGAUGAUCCUCAGAAAACCCUUGAAUUCGCGCUCCGCGCGCUUAGCAUACUCGAUCGUGACUCCAAGCCAUCCAUCUCUGUCGCCAUGGCGCUCCACUUGGUCGGCGCCGUUCACUACACGCUAAAGCGAUUUAAUGACAGCCUCGGGUUCUUGAACCGCGCCAAUCGAAUCCUCACCGCCAUUGAAAAGGAGGGAUCUUGCGACUUCGAUGUCCGGCCAGUGGUUCACGCCGUGCAGCUCCAGCUCGCCAACACUAAAACAGCGAUGGGGCGCCGUGAGGAGGCUCUGGUCAAUCUCCGGAGAUGCUUGGAUCUUAAAGUUGAGAUCUUGGAGCCGGACAGCCGGGAACUAGGCGCCGCCCAUAGGGAUUUAGCUGAAGCUUAUGCCUCAGUUUUGAACUUCAAGGAGGCAUUGCCUCUCUGUUUGAAAGCGUUGGAGAUUCAUGAGAAGCAAUUGGGAUCGAAUUCUGUUGAUGUGGCUCAUGACCGGCGGCUUCUCGGAGUGAUAUACACCGGUUUGGAAGAACAUGAAAAGGCAUUGGAUCAAAAUGAGAAAUCUCAGAAGGUAUUGAAGAGUUGGGGAAUGGGGCCAGAUCUUUUGAAUGCUGAGAUUGAUCAAGCUAACAUCCAGAUUGCAUUGGGGAAGUUCGACGAGGCGAUCAAGACUCUGAAAGGUGUUGUGGAGCAGACUGAUAACAACAGCGAGGUCCGGGCAUUGGUGUUUGUUUCAAUGGCAAAGGCAUUGUGCAGCCAAGAGAAAUUUGCAGAUUCUAAAAGAUGUUUGGAGAUUUCCUGUGAAAUCCUCAAGAACAAGGAGCUUGUCUCCCCUGACAUGGUGGCUGAAACUUUUGUUGAGAUAUCAGCAUUGUAUGAGUCGAUGAAUGAGUUCGGUACUGCAAUUUCAUUGCUUAAGAGAGCUCUGUCAAUGCUUGAGAGGCUUCCGCAACAGCAGCACUUGGAAGGGAAUGUCUCAGCGAAGAUUGGAUGGUUGUUACUCUUGACUGGGAAAGUUGAACUUGCUGUUCCUUAUCUUGAAAGUGCAGCAGAGAGAUUGAAGGAGACCUUCGGACCGAAACAUUUCGGUGUAGGAUAUAUCUAUAACAAUUUGGGAGCUGCAUAUUUGGAAAUGAAUCGGCUGCAAUCAGCUGCACAGAUGUUCGCAUUGGCGAAGGACAUCAUGGAUGUUUCCCUGGGACCUCACCAUGCUGAUUCCAUUGAAGCAUGCCAGAGCCUUGCCAAUGCAUAUAGCACAAUGGGAAGUUAUAUUCUUGCUUUGGAGUUCCAGCAACGAGUGGUUGAUGCAUGGGAAAGUUAUGGUCCAAAUGCUACCAAUGAACUUAGAGAGGCCAAGCGUCUUCUUGAUGAGUUAAAGAAGAAGGCCAGUGGAUCAAUCUCUGAGGCCAUUAUUCACAAGGCUUUGCCACAUGAGAGUGACUCCCUCCAUACCAAAUCCAACUAACAUUAAAUUUUGAUAAAUAGGAGCCACAAUGUGCUAUGAAUGUCCGUAUUUCUGAAUUUUAUGCUUAGCUGCUGAAUGGAAUUAACGAGGCAUGAUAUCAAAACACAGGAGUGUCAUGUUUUCUUCAAUCUGAAGUUGUUGAGGAGAAACAGUAACUCUCAAAUAUCUAUUACUAAGAAUUAGUAUUGUUCUAGGAACUCUAAGCUAUAGAAUUGUCCCAAGAUUUUGUUUUUUCCAUUGUAAAUGUGAUAAUUUUGCAACUACCAACUAUUUCAAAGAUUUUA